AUGGGAGAUCAACCCGAAUCAAGACUGGCCAUUGCCGUCGUUCUCUUAACGCUCCAAGCGCUUCUGAUUGUGUCACAGUACCUCGUCAGUGUGCAAGGUCACCGGAGGCGAAAUUUUCUUCCUGGACCUGCUUUCCUCGAGUCUCUGAUAUUGCUUUUCCCAAUCUUCGUGGCCGUCCUAGGGGUUAUCCUUAUCGCUGUCAUGUUUACCAGCAAAGAUCCGGAAAAUUGCAAGGCCAAGAUUGACGAGCUAUGCAAGGAUGACGAGCGGUGCAAGAUUGACGGGGUAUGCAAGAUUGAUGGCCUGUGCAAGAUUGACGAUGAUAUAGGUGGGCGUGGUAUUCGUUUUGCUGCCUGGGCACAACUUGGAGUCUUGCUCUUCCUGGCACUAAUUGGAAUCUUCCACACCAAAACAACGGGAAUCAAGGAGGUUGCCGCUAGCCUCACCAUUACGCACCUCGCACUGGUCACCGCGCUUCUCGUCAAGCUGAACGAUCUCGAGGCGGCUGACGCCAUCCUCGGCUCGAUGAUACUCGACUCCCAGAACAACGCACUUUCCAUUCCGUUAAUGACGAAGGCAACCUUGGGGGCGCGGUGGCAGGUCUGGACUAUCGUGUCCUGUCAAGCAUUUGGAUUGGCAGUUCUUGGGGUUCUGGUUCACAAAUUCCACCAGAACCACUUCAAAGUCUGUUGCAAGAAAGUUUUGAGCAUCGCUCAGAGUAGUUAUCAGGCUCUCGUGGACACUUAUGCCUUCCACGAGGCGGAGAAGAGCGGCCAAGGUUCUUUCGCAAAGUUUUAA